AUGGGUCUAGGUAUUUUGUUAAGCUUAUUUUUAUUGAUCAAAUUUGGGGUUUUAUCUUUAUCAGUAAAUAUAAGCCCAAAAUCCAACCCCUUUACACUUGAUUUGGAUUACAUAACUGAAAGUAAGAAACUCGAAACAACUCCAAAAAAAAGCAUUAUUAAACUUCCAGCUCCAGAUGAACUUUCAAGUACAAAAGGACCAGGAAUAACCGAAGGUGAAUUGAAAUUGGCUUUGUUACAUUCUAAAAAAAUAGCUAAUGAAUUAGAAAAAUAUAAAUCAAAAAAUCCUAGAGAUAUUGACGAAAUAUCAAUUUCUAGUGCGUCUACAUUCAAUUAUGAUUUUGAAAAACCAGAUGAUUCAGUAAAGAGAAAUCUAGAAUCACCAAGUAGAUCUCUAUCAAAUGAAGAAAAAAAUGUCGACAAACUUCUUGAAAGUGCGAUAAACGAUCUUGAUAAACGAAGACGGUAUACAUUGGACGAAAUUGAAAAGAAAAAAAAAAUUCCUCCUAAACCUCCAAAUAAAAAUAAGUAUGAUAAUUCAGAAGCUAAAGAUAAUAAAUCAGAUCAGCUUUCUUUUUUAACUGGAAUUAAUUUGGUUGACGAUGUAAUUACCCCAUUAGAAAACGAAUCUACUGCAGAAAACAAGGAAAAGCAGGAACAAACACUGAAACCAAAUGUUCCACCUACUACAAAAUACCCCAUAUAUUCAGGUAAACCUGAAAAGAAAGUGAAAAGUCUUCAAGUACCUCAAAAAAAUAUAGUAAAAUUACCCCAUAAAAAAGUUUCUCAAGAACAAGAAAAAACUGGAAAAGAAAAAAAGAAAGGUAGAUUCAAUAUUAAGAAAAUACUUAAUUCUGAUUUUUUCAAAUUUUUCAAGGAGAAAAAAAAACCAGAAUCAAAGGUAACUUUGACUAUUAGUAGACCAAUAAUAGCAUCCUCAGUUAGGCAGACUGAAGAUGAACAAAGCAAAAGAACAGAAAUUACGGAACAAACCAAUAAUAAUACAGACUUUGAAAAAAAAAUAAAUGUUCCCUUGAAUAUCCUGGAAGAGGAAGAACAGGAUCUUCAAGUUUCUGGUAAAGUAUCUCCAAUUCCACAAACAAGUAGAACGCCAAGUCCACAACAAAGUAGAACACCAAGUCCAAAACGAAGUAGAACACCAAGUCCACAACAAAGUAGAACUCCAAGUCCAAAACCAAAUAAAACACCAAUUUCACAAAAAAGUAGAACACCAACUCCAGAACCAAAUAAAACACCAAGUUCACAAAAAAGUAGAACACCAACUCCGAAACCAAAUAGAACACCAAGCCCACAACCAGAUAGAACAUCAACUCCAGAAUCAAAUAGAAUGCCAAGUUCACAGUCAAAUAAAACAUUAAUUUCACAAAAAGGUAGAACGCCAAGUCCAGAACCAAACACAAAAGAAACGGCAGAAGAGACAAAAAAUAUUGAAACUCCUACAAAGAGAGCGAAAAUCUCUCAGAAAGUUUUAGAUAAUGACCAAGAACAAAAUUUGGAUAAAAAAAUUCCAAGACCACAAUCUUCAGAAAGUAUAGUUCCAAAUAGAUUGGAGAUAUCUGAGCCAGAAACAGACUCUUCAAUAGAGAAUUCAAGAUCUAGUAGUAGAAUCAGAAAAAUUAGAGAAAGAUUACCAAGUAUGGGAUCCGAUAACGUGUUUUAUGACUCAGAUGAUUAUCGAGAUGAAGUUAUUAACUCUAUUGAUUUCGAAGGAAGUAGUUCUUCAAGCUCGGAACCUUCAAUUUACAGCGCAGAGUUGUAUUCUAAUUUUGAAUCUUCAUUUACCCCUCAAAAUUUAAAAGAUCCCUUGGAGGAGAUAAAUAUUGGAAUCAACAAAAUUCAUGAAGGCCAACGAGUUUAUGAAAAGUUUGUUCCAUCAAGAGGUUUUGAUAGAAUUUUGCAGAAUAAACUUAUUAAUACUUAUAACUCUGACGAUGAACUCGUAGAAAAUUCAAUAUUUGAUAAAAUAAAAAACAAAAUUAAGAGACAUCGAAAAGAAGCAAAAAGAAAAAAAGAGAGAUCAAAAGGAAUCCCAUCCAGAGUAAUUACUGAAAAAGAUGUUUAUAAAUUUGCUGAUUUGAGAGAAACUGAAUUUCAACCUGAAGAACAAAUUAAAACAUUACCCAAAGUUGAUAUAACUAAAAGAAAAAUUCCUAAAUCAGCUUCAAAAAGCAAUCUCGCAGACUCUCUUCCAAUCAAUGAACCAAAAAAUGAAGUCGAGAGCAAAGGAUCAGACGAUGAAAAGAAAAAAGUUGAUCAGAGUGAAAUACGAAGGAGCAUAGAGGAAUUUAGAGAUAUUGAGAUGGAUAGACAUGAAUUGGAAUCAGAUUCAGGAUCUCUUGGCAGUUACAGUCUGGAAACGAAACAAGAGUAUGAAUACGAGCCAAUACAAAAUCCUCUGGAGGCCCUUACUUAUAAUGAUGAGUUAAAGCAACUGAAAUACGCAAGAGAUGACUAUUUUAGAAACAAAUUUCUUCAAGGAUUAUCUGAAGAAACUAAAAAGGAAGAAAGUGACAAAUUAUUGUCUCAAAUUGCAGAGAAAGAAGCACUUCUUAAAGAAUUGGAAAAAAUUUCUAAUGAAUUGGACAAAAAAAGAAAUCAAUUCACUGCCAAGGAAGAAAGUCCAGCAAAUGAAGAAAGUAUUUCAGAUGAUCAAAAAUUAGAAAAACAAGAUAAAUCGGUUGAGGCAAAUAUUAAAGAUGAAGAUGGAGAUGAGGGUGAUGGUGAAAUUGAAGCUGAGGCCGAAGGUAAAGUUACGGCUGAGGACAGGGAUGAAAAAGAUGAACCAAUUUAUCCAGAGCAAAGUUUAAAACUAGAUGAAGAUGCAAUCAUUAUGGGAGCAGAAAAAAAAGAAAAUAAUAAGGGAAUUGUUGUUUUAGAUCCAGAAAACGCUAAUUAUGAAGUUUAUUAUGAUGAUAAAGCUGAUCAAGAUGAAGAUGGCUUGGCUCCUAUUAAAGAAUAUAAUGAAGAAGGAUUAAUGCCAAUUCAACAAACAAAUAAGCUAUCUGAAAGUGAAGGACUGAUUCCAGUUGGAGGCUUCUCCAAACUCAAAGAGCUCCAAGCUUUCGAGGACCCAGAUAGGUCUUUACUCCCCGUGCCAGAAGAAAGUCAAAUUCCAUUUGAGGAAGUUUAUUUGACAAAACACCCUGAGUUGCUCAACACAGAUACAGUUGGCACUUUAAAUAAAGAAAAAGCAAUCAAAAAGGCUUUUGGAGAAAAAUCAAGAAAGGGUGGGAUUCUCAGGAAAAGAGAAUUUGAGAACUUCAAUCUAUCCAAUGAUGCAAUUGAUAGACUAAAAAGAAACCCAUUCAAAACACCUGAAGAGAAAGAAAAAAUAUUCAGAAUACUUAGGGCAAAAGAGGAGCUGAAUAGUUUGAGGGAAGAAGAGAGAAAGAAAAAACAAACAAAACAAGAGAAUACUGAAUACAGCGAAUCUUCAAUUGAAGCUUCAGAGCUGUAUCCUGUAGAAAGUACCAGAAGUAUACAAAAGCCAACAAUUAAUAAAAUCUCUGAUGAGUCCCUUUUGGCCGGAGACUUUGAAGAAGCCUCAGAAACAUCUGAGACAACUGGUAUAUCAAACCCUUUACAAAUUAUGGUUGGAGAAAAGAUUAAUUUUUCAGAUUCUACUGAUACUGUAGCUAGCGAAAACGAAAUGAGUGAACUUGCAGUAGAAGUAGGGUUAGCCAGACUCAAUGCAAUAAAAGCAACAGAAAGAAAGCAAGAGAGAGAAAAAAAUAGUGAUCAUCAACAUUACGCUCCUUAUGUAAGGAAAAAUGUUCAAUUCAAUCCUAAAAAAAUUGUUGAAACAAGGUAA